AUGUCAAAGUGCAGCAGACUACUGGAUAGAUUAGUCCAGCUUCGUUUGACAACAAGUUUACAGUCUCGUAAGCUGUCAUCAGAGAUACCAGCCAUGUCGUUGAAACAUCUCGGGAAAGAGUCAACAUGCCCACCACUGACAAAGGGGCGUCUACGAUUAUACAGUAUGAAAUUCUGUCCAUAUGCACAGCGUACACGGCUUGUUUUGGAAUACAAGAAAAUUCCAUAUGAAACUGUCAACAUCAAUUUGAAGUCGAAACCCGACUGGUUCCGGGACCGUUACAUCAAUGGCCUUGUGCCUGUGUUGGAGAAAGACGGGGAUGUGGUUUAUGAGUCUGGUGUGUGUAAUGAAUACCUGGACGACGUCUACCCAAACCCUCCACUUAUACCAAAAGAUCCCCUUCAAAAGGCCAAAGACAACAUGCUAUCAGAACAGUUUGGAAAGGUAACCAGCCUGUUUUAUGAUGUACCAAAAUCCAAGGGGGACGAGUCCUACGAAAAGAAUGUACGCAUGUUCCAUUAUCAGAUGCAGUUCUAUGAUCGUGAACUCAGCAAGAGAGGACUGUUUUUCGGAGGUUCUCAGCCAUGCAAUGUGGAUUUUAUGAUAUGGCCUUGGUUUGAGCGAUUAGGAGUGAUGACAGUCGUUUCUCCGGAGUCAGCCAUUACUGUUGAUAAAUAUCCUAACCUGGCACCGUGGCAGGACAGAAUGUACUCUUUGCCUUGUGUGAAGGACACCUAUGUUAAACCAGAAGACCACAUACACUUCUUCACAACCUUACGACAGGGAAAACCAGACUAUGAUUAUGGAUCAUAACACGAUCUUACGACAGGGAAAACCAGACUAUGAUUAUGGAUCAUAACACGAUCUUACGACAGGGAACCCAGACUUACGACAGGGAAACCCAGACUUACGACAGAGAAAACCAGACUAUGAUUAUUGAUCAUAACACGAUUUUACGACAGGGAAACCCAGACUAUGAUUAUGGAUCAUAACACGAUUUUACGACAGGGAAACCCAGACUAUGAUUAUGGAUCAUAACACGAUCUUACGACAGGGAAACCCAGACUAUGAUUAUGGAUCAUAACACGAUCUUACGACAGGGAAACCCAGACUAUGAUUAUGGAUCAUAACACGAUCUUACGACAGGGAAACCCAGACUAUGAUUAUGGAUCAUAACAUGAUCUUACGACAGGAAAACCAGACUAUGAUUAUGGAUCAUAACACGAUCUUACGACGGGGAACCCAGACUAUGAU